UUUUUCUAUUCUUUAUCUUUUUUAAUAUUAUUAUUAUUAUAGAAUGGCUGAUCAACUUACACCAGAAGAAAUUGCUGAAUACAAAGAAGCUUUUCAGUUGUUUGAUACUGAUGGUGAUGGUAGCAUCACAGCUGUAGAAUUAGGUACUGUUCUUCGAAAAUUUGGUAUGAACCCUAGUGAUGCUGAACUCCAAGAUAUGGUUAACGAUGUUGAUGCUGAUGGCAACGGAAACAUUGACUUUAAUGAAUUCUUGGGUCUUGUUAAAAAUAUGAAAACUGGAAAUGAAGGCGAUGAUUUAAAAGAAGCAUUCAAAGUUUUUGACGUUGAUGGUAACGGUUUAAUUGACCGUGAAGAAUUACGUAAAGUUAUGGCUUCUUUAAAUGAAAAAUUAUCUGAAGAAGAAUUAGAUGCAAUGAUCAAAGAAGCUGAUAUUAACGGUGAUGGUCAAAUUAGUUUUGAAGAAUUCAAGAUUAUGAUGGGCGCUUAAAAAAAAAACUAUAUUUUUUUUAAAAGAAAAAAAAAAUAUAUAUAUACACACAUGCAUAUACAUUUACUUUUUCUUUUUGUUUUGUUUGUAACAUGUGUAUAAUAUAAAAUAUCCCUUUUCUUUAUUUUUAUUUAUAAUAUUCUUGGUGAACCUAAGCCAUUUUCUAAGCAAGGGUUAUAUAUAAACUAGACUCAUUAGAAAACUUUUCUUUCAUAAUCAGUAAAUGGAUACAAAUUUGAUUUUAAACUCAGAUACUGUGUUGAUUAAAUUGGAAAUUUUGUCAAGUCAUACAAAAGAUCAUGGAUG